UGGCUAAUGCAAAAAAGAAAGAAAACCUGCAUCCGAGGAAUGACGACCGCCUUCACUGAUCUAACAUCGUCCUGUAAUAAGGUACGGCAUUGAAAGAAAAGACAUUAUGGCAUCACACGCACCUUAAAUGGCAGCUACAGUUGACAGGGUUGCACGGCGUGUGCCCUUUAACAGCAUUAGAAAUGGUGUCUCUAAUUUCCUUCCACUGUUGACCUACCAAACAAUAACAAACAGCGUCAGAAACAAUGUUCAUAUUGGAUGUAUUGGAUCAGGCGCUCACGAGGCUGCCCACAAAGGCGAGUGGUUCAACAUGGAGGUCACGUGUCCUAAAAAGGACCUUAAGUAUCUUUCACUUUCCCACGCGGUGUAUUAAUUUGAAAAAAUCUACUAAAUAUGCAUUAUUCAGUAAAUACUGAGAGGGAAGCCAGCCAGACCAUCCGUUAGAUCUAACCAGCAUGAGCCAAUUUAACCCACACACAGCCUCAAUGAAUAAAACCAUGUUUUUAAUUGAUAUAAAUUAUAUGUUUCAAUAUUACCGGAAGCGAAACGUUUAACCGCAACUCGUCCCGGUUAGCUUAGUGGAGUUAGCUCAUAGGCUAGCUCGCUAGCUCGCGAGGGGAUGAAUGACUCCCAACAACUAAAAGUUGCCUCAAGUCGGUUCAGCGGAACUGAACGAAGUCUCCCCGCCGCGUGUAAAUGUGGUUUCACGAGUCGUGUUCGUUUCCAACGUGCCGUUGCCGUUACCGUUACCUGAUGCGGGAACCAAACACAGGGCACAAAGUUGCAACAGUAUUAAAAACCUCCACAGCCAGGAGCGCUCCAUUUUUCAGCGUAUCCUCCAGCUCUGUCUGGGGGAGGAGACACAAAGAGCGGGGGAUCUGGGAUCUGUUGCUUCGGGCUGAACGCCGUCAUUACGGCAAUGCGCACAACGAGAUUAAUUUACAGGUUGCGUUACCGUAACAGUUGGGACGAAUAGCCCAAAUUGGCAUUAAAGGGAUAUUCCACUCAAAAUCUGUCUUUUCUACAUUUACAUUCACACUCAGCCAGUUUGAAUUAAUGGAAUCAAGUCUUCAUUUAAUUUCAUGGCAUUAGAUUUAAUUUCCCAAUGCACAUAUAUCAGAAUAAUUGCUAAUUAAUUGGUUGAUGAAAUUUUCAGUUCCUUUUUUCUCGAAUUUCUGAAUUAAUGUCCAAGGCGUGGAUAAUUUGUCCGUGGGCCGUUGAGAUGACUUUCUCAGUCAGAGAGAGAAAAGGGGGGGGAGGCCCUCCUGGGAGUUUCGCGGUGGUAAGACUGAGUGAGAGAGGAGGAGAGAGAAGACAGGUGGAGAGGGAGAGAUGGAGAGAGAAGCAGAGAGGAUGGAAUAUCGAACCUAGAUCUCGUACUGUAUAUACUGACCUCUGCCAGCCAGGCCUUGAGAGCUAUUUUGAUUUCUCUGCAAACUUUAUUUCGGCCUGACGAAACGCCUUCGCAAGCGCAACCGACGAUGCAGCGGCUCUGGCUCUCUCUGCUGUCCGGCCUUUGCCUCCGCCUGGUUCUCAUCUGCAGCGCCGAGGAAGGUCUGGAGUUCCCCAAUUUCGACGGCAGGGACAGGGUGCUGGACGUCAGCGAGCGCAACUACAAGAAGGCCCUGAAGAGAUACGACCUGCUGUGCCUGUUCUACCAUGAGCCGCUGCCGGCCAGCAAGGGCCUGCAGAAGCGCUUCCAGAUGACAGAGCUGGUGCUGGAGCUCACCGCUCAGGUCCUGGAGAACAAAGACAUCGGUUUUGGGAUGGUGGACUCCCAGAAGGAUGCCAAAGUAGCCAAAAAACUGGGUCUGGAGGAGGUGGGCAGCUUGUACGUUUUCAAGGACGACCGGGUCAUCGAGUUUGAUGGGGAGCUCUCAGCAGACACACUAGUGGAGUUCCUGUUGGAUGUGCUGGAGGACCCGGUGGAGAUGCUCAACAACGCCAUGGAGCUGCGAGCCUUCGAGAGGAUGGAGGAGGACAUCCGCCUCAUUGGCUACUUCAAGGGAGAAGAUUCAUACUACAAAGCUUUUCAGGAGGCAUCGGAGCGUUUUCAACCUUACAUCAAAUUCUUUGCUACAUUUGAUAAAUCUGUAGCCAAACAUCUCUCCCUCAAGAUGAACGAGGUGAAUUUUUACGAGCCGUUCAUGGAAGAGCCGGCCAUCCUGCCUGGCAGACCUCUGUCGGAGAUGGACAUCGUCGAGUUCGUCAACCAGCACAGAAGGGCCACUUUGAGGAAGCUCCGGGCGGAGAACAUGUUUGAAACAUGGGAGGACGACAUGGACGGAAUACAUAUUGUGGCGUUUGCCGAGGAGGAAGAUCCAGAUGGCUACGAGUUCCUGGAGAUCCUGAAAGACGUGGCAAGAGACAACACCAACAACCCAGAGCUCAGCAUCGUCUGGAUCGACCCCGACGACUUCCCUCUGCUGACAACUUACUGGGAAAAAACCUUCAAGUUGGACCUGUUUAGACCUCAGAUUGGUGUGGUCAACGUCACCGAUGCGGACAGCGUGUGGCUGGACAUGUCCAACGACGAGGACCUGCCCACCCCCGAGGAGCUGGAGGACUGGAUAGAGGACGUCCUGUCAGGGAGGGUGAACACGGAGGACGAUGACGAGUCCACCGACGACCGCGAAAACCCUGACAGCUACGCCCCAGAGGACAGCUACGAAAGUCACGACUCAGAUGACGAAGACGACGGCGACGACUGACCUGAAGGUCAAGGGGUCGGCGUCCUAGCAGUUCAGACCUGGGUCAGAAAAACUGAACUUGUUUGGCCCAUUAGAACCACAUUACUUACAAAUUGUCUCCAAAUCAUUCAAAUUAAGUGAAAAUGAAAGACAACAUAUGGUCUCCCAAAAAAAUGAAACUCUGUAGACGGUGGUUUAAAUAGUUAGGCAGAUAAAACGGAACAGAUUGAAGGUCAUCAUGGGGAAUUUGUGGCUCCUGUUAUAAAGGGCGAGCAGCAUUAAUUCACCAAGGAUCAAGAUAUCGGUGUACUGAAGCUUCUGUGUGGCGUUCAUGUAUAAAGCUCCAUAAAUAGAUUUUGCCCAUAACUUUAACAAACCCUUUACGUUACUAUGGCUAACGUGGUGUCACAUGCAAUGCAGCAGAUGCGGAACAGCAUUAGCAUUUGUAGUCAAAUGAUAGACGUUAGUCCAAUAUUUGCUCUCCCGCUAACUCUGUUUUGGUCUCCACCCACAAACCGAAUGAAAUCUCUGGCUCUUUAGCUGCUAAAUGCUCCACUGUGCUAGCUCAAUGCUAACCUCCCCUCACUGCUGAAUAGUAUUGUUUGGCUUAGAAAGGUUCAGAGUGAAACCCGGUGCUUCAAUGCUUCCUUUCCCAUCUCCUUUAGCACAAGGCUCCAGGAAGUUACUGCUUCUGGCUAAGAAAUCCUUCACAAAAAAGGAAUUAAUGCCGUCCCACAAUACCUUGCGGCAGCACUACAUCAAUAACUUUCGCCAUCCAAUAAUUACGUGGCUGUAAGUGCUGUCCUUUCCAAAGUCCUUAUGAAUUGCCCUUCACAUCGUUCCUUUUGAAAACUGCUGUUUUCAUUGAGGUCAAGUAAAGAGGUGUGGAAAGGACAUAGGAUGCAAAUCUUUAAGACCCUAAAGAGGACGUGUGAAGCUGAGAGGACAGAGUCCCACAAUAAUUCACAUUACACAUAUGUUAAUAUAAACCUAAUAAUUGUAGCGGCUUUAAGGUUGACGUAAAUGAUAAGAUGACUCAUGUGUGACAAUAAAUUAAAUAGAAAUAAAUCUUGAAUUGUUUCUCGGGAUAAAUUCCGGACAUAAUAAAAGUACACAACAACUA